CCUGAAAAUGGAGUAUAAAAAUUCGUUCUUGUUUAUAAAAUGGGCAACUUGCUCCUCCGCUUCUCGCUUUAUCGUGUCGCCUAAAAGCUGUCGAUUGCCCACCUGCGAUAUCGACGAAAAUGGUCGCCUCCGACAAGGAUCCUAGAGAGGAAGUCAUUCAAGCAUGGUAUAUGGAUGACAGCAAUGAAGACCAAAGACUUCCACAUCACCGUGAACCUAAGGAAUUUGUUUCCUUGAAGCAGCUUGAUGAACUUGGCGUUCUCAGCUGGCGAUUGGAUGCUGACAACUAUGAAACUGAUGAGGAGUUGAAGAAAAUCCGUGAGGAACGUGGAUACUCCUAUAUGGAUUUCUGCGAAGUUUGCCCAGAGAAGCUGCCAAAUUAUGAAGAGAAGAUCAAGAACUUCUUUGAGGAGCAUCUCCACACUGAUGAGGAGAUUCGUUACUGCGUGGCUGGAAGUGGUUAUUUUGACGUUAGGGACCGGAAUGAUGCUUGGAUUCGUGUGUGGGUAAAGAAAGGUGGAAUGAUCGUUUUACCGGCCGGAAUGUACCAUCGCUUUACCCUCGAUUCGGAUAAUUACAUUAAGGCUAUGCGACUGUUCGUUGGUGAUCCAGUUUGGACCCCAUUCAAUCGUCCUCAUGACCAUUUACCUGCAAGGAAACAGUACCUUCAAGCUUUUGUGCAGAAGGAACGCAGUGAUCAUGCUGUUGAUGCCGCGGCUUAAUGUGUGUAGCCCUGUUUGGCUUCAUGAGAUACAAAUACUGAAGUAUCCCAUAAUAUGUGGUUUCUCAGCUUGAAUAAUCUGUUUGGACUUGACUUGGCUCAUAUAGGACACUUGUUAUGCUUAUGGUUACGUGGUUUCCAAUCUGUAUCGGCUACAUUGCUUGGUCCUUGUGGAUAGACAGACAAAUAAAACUGGUUGUGCGACUUAUGCUU